AUAAAUCUAUGAAUUACGACAAAUUACCCUUUACCAUAGAUAAGGCAAUUAUUUUAUUCUGUUUCCGUUUUUGAUCAUCCUGGUCAGCUAGCAACAUGCCUCCCAAAAAGGAUACAAAGGGAGGAUCCAAACAACCUCAAAAAACCCAAAAAAAGAAAGAAGGCUCCGGCGGAGGCAAAGCUAAAAAGAAGAAGUGGUCCAAAGGAAAAGUUCGUGACAAAUUGAACAAUCAAGUUUUAUUUGAUAAAGCCACCUAUGAAAAACUAAUUAAAGAAGUACCACAGUAUAAGCUAAUUACUCCAUCAGUAGUUUCUGAACGUCUAAAAGUAAGAGGCUCUUUAGCAAGACGGGCACUUAAUGAAUUGCAACAAAAAGGUCUUAUUAAGUUGGUGGCAAAACAUCAUGCACAAUUUAUAUAUACAAGGACAACAAAGGGAGAAGAAGUUGCAUAAUGUAAUAUAACAAGGAAUAAAAUAUCAUAUAAUU